AUGGAGCGCAAUCACAUGCUUCCUGAUCAGGAGUCCGAGUCUCGUCAUGUCCUCGGACCACCACCUGCUCGACCUCAACCAUUGAUGGCCUUUUCUCCUCCAGCUUAUUCCAAUGUCGUUUCACCGAAUGCGAUAAAUUUUCCUGAUGUUCCUACCGCUAUACCGACUUCUUUGCCUCCUUUGGCUAGAUUCGAUGCCGACAACGACACCAAGUUACCACCUCUGAGUUCACUUACGAGCGAAAUGGCAAUGGAACCGACCAAGACUCGGCUUCCUUUAUAUCCUAUGCCUUAUCCGCCUGUUUUCGCGCAUAGUAUCGAUAGCCCGACACGAAUGGAUCUCGAUGGGAGUAGCAACAGUGUCGUCAGCGCUGCUUCUCCUGAUGCUCUUCUUGAUGCGAGGGCUGGUAGCGUCAGCCUUGAUGAUCCAGAUGUGCGACUGGCAGCUGAGGCGCUUGGAGAUUUGAGAGCAGUUAGUCCACCCACCUCAGGACUUCAAUCGAAUCAACCACAAUCGCCGCAGCCUGAACCGCUUUUGUCUCUCCUCACGACGACUCAUCCAUUGUUGGCGAGUACAAUUGAAGGCGCUACUUCGGCGUAUGGUGGCGCCAAGAACUUUUCACCGCGUUUUCGAUCUGGCGCCGAAUAUGUUGAAGGAUACCUGACACCUAUUGCGAACACUGUUGGUUCCGUUGGUCGAGUAACUGGUGUUGAAGGAGGUGUCAGAUGGUUUUUGGGCGGAAGACGGCAAAACAGUUCGACGUCGGAUUUGGAAACCGGCAACAGCAAGAAGCGACGCAAAACGGAUGAGGAUGAAGCAGUCAGCAACAAGCGAUUUGAGUCUGAAGGAAUGCAGCAAAUGAGCGACGAACAGAUGGAUACAGCGCCUUCGCCAUCCUCAAAGACCAUGUCUCGUCGCAUGUCGACUACUAGCACAGUUGACACGCUUCCUGCUUACGAUGAGUUGAGAUCACCCGCAUAUACUGAGACUGAUUCCAAUUCACCGCGACCAUCACGACCAAACAGCGCCUGGCAGUCACGCCUGAUUACGUCUACUUCUGGUCUCAGCGUCGCCAUGAGCCAAGAGAGUCUGCGCAGUCUCAAAUACUGUCUACAGUGGCUUCGCUGGGCCAAUGAUCACAUUGCUCGUGUGAUUUCAGCUCUAAAGACGACCCUUGAUGAGUACGAAAAGGUACCUGACGGACAAGCUGGCGAACAAGCUGAUCCUGAAUCUCGCUCUCAACUUGCUGCUCGCAUCUCAACCCUCAAGGGCGAUGUCCUCAGAACCCUGCGAGAAGCCAUCAAUACUGUGUCGAAAUACGCAGGGGGCGCGUUGCCCGAAAACGCACGAAUCCUUGUGCGACGUCAUCUCACCAGUCUACCCCAACGAUUCCGUGUCGCCACCAUGACCGACAGGAAUGCCGGGCAACAAGACAACGAGACUGCUCUAACUGAAGGUGCACACAAAGUUUUGGUCUUGGCCAAAGAGGGUCUGGACAUGGUUGUCCAAGUAAGUGGUGUCGUAGAUGGAACAAUUGUCAGCGCUGAGCAAUGGCUCGACCGUAUGGGCAAGCGAAGAGCCCAAGAAGACGAGAAGCCAAUGCUUCCUCAAACUGAGGUUAAUGGAGAUGUGAAAAUGGGUUAA